UAGAGUGGAAGAAGUGCAGACUGACUGGGCUGCAACAGCGCGGAUGUGUCUCGCCAUCUGAAAACAAUGUACCUGCAACAGUGCUUCCUCGUUUCCAUCUGUGGCUUCAUAUGGUUUUGUUUAGAUUAUGGACAAGUGAUGAUCUGCGUUUUGUUUUCACUGAAUUUCUUUAUAGGGUCUGUUGAAUGUCGUACACAGACAGACGAGUUGGCUGAACAUCCACCAUGCCAGGAGACAAAUGAGGAGAUACACAGUGGACAUCGGAGUGUUCCCUCUGAGCGUUGCAAGAGGUUGCAAGAGAGCAGUACAACCAGUUUCCCAGAGGAAUUGCAGCAUGGCUUUCAGUAUUUAACUGUGAAGAGGUCGCUUCGAGAAGUCUUUGAGUGUGCAUACACACAGUCAGUCCUUCCGUGGUACACAGUGCCAGAGUCGACCAUCAACCAGCCCCUCCACGCCGUGCUGCAGACCGAGUUUGACCUGUUUGUGGACCGCCUCAUCUGCAGGGCGAAGGAGUUCGACCUCCGUGACGCCAGUAUAGGCUGCAUAGGAAUCCUCACCCAACACCUGCGCAAUGCAAAGCAGAACAGGAAGCUGUGCAGGAGUGCUCCCCUGUUCAACUCAAGAACCGAGGAGAUGGCGAUCCUUAGGAUGUUCUCUGAGGCUCUCGUACGGAACCUCUUCCCGGAAACCAUCUUGGGCCUCCAACUCAACUGUUGUAUUUUAAAUGAAGUGGUGGCCGUGAAAGUGUUAGACCUGCUGGUGACUUGGCUGUCAGACCCAGACUACCUGAACCAGCUGGUAGUGAGUCAACUGGGGAGCUGUGGAGAGGAGGAGGAGGAGGAGAGCCUGUGGAGCAGGUUGAGAGAGCGAACAUGCUCUGCAGGUCUGAAAACAUCAAAACAGGGACGAAUGAAAUUCUUUGGCAAGACGAAGACGGAGAAGGCCAAGAGGAAGGAGCUGAAAAUGAAAGAGCAGGAGCUGGAUUGGGAGAGCGGAGGAGGAGGCUUAGAUGUGGUAGAUGGUAUAGAUGAGGUAGAUGGGGUCAUUUGUCAGGAGGACGAUAGUGACCCGGAGUCCUACCUCACCAGCGUUCAGGAGGACAUGAUGGAGUUCAAGUUGUCCUAUGAGAUGUGGAAGAUGGGGAACUGGACUGUUGUUGUGAAUAAGGUUGAGCAGAAUGAGGACCUGUGUUUCACCGUUCACCUCGAAGAGCGUGACAACCCUGACAUUCUACACUGGGACAUCCUCAAAACAGACACGGACCUUCUCCAUUUCCAUAGCUCAGGGGACAUGUCAGGGCUGCCAUCGAUAUCCGCUAUAUUGGCGGACAGAGGACAGGAUCGGGAUGCAGCAUUUCUGGAGGAAGCGAAAACCAUCUUGCAAAACUUUCUUCAGGAACUGGUGGCUGACGAGCACUUCGGUCACAGCCAGCCGGUGUUUCAGUUCCUGUGUCCGCUAGACAGACUGCUGAAUGAAGAGGAGCCGGGCAGUGGGGUGUGGGGCCUCCUCAGUGGCAUCGCCUACUUCCUCACACCCGGACAAGAGGAAGAGGAGCACAAUGGUCCAGGGGCAGAUACUCAAAGCGUAAAUGACAUGAAGAUCACAGCUGCCACGGUCCACGAGCCAGAGGCGACACACCAGUCUAGCAAGGUGAACGGCCAGGACCAACAUGCCAAAGGAGACAUCCUAGAACCUCAUCAUCCUGCUUCCCUUAACGGUUUCUCUUCUAGCGAGUCAAACAGUAGACGCUGCUCUGAAAACAGCAAAUACGGUUCUAAAACCAACAUCGAAGGCUGCACCAAAGAACCUGUGUUAACCAACGGUAACGAACCAGAGGAGUCUGAGGAUGUACCGGACUCGGCCAGACCCAACGCCAAGGAGCAAUUGGAGGCCACCAAGGCCAUAUUUGAUUUGCUCAAAGAAAUAUCCGGGAAUUCUUUAAUCCUCAAUAUAUUAUUUGAUGCCAUUCUAAAACCGGUCAUGCCUUGGGUGAAAAAGAAAGUGAAUAGCUUUAUUGAUCAGAUGAUCCCCACGGAGGAGCAGAUGGCGUCCUACAUUGACCUCGUCAGAGAGAAGCAGUGGCCCAACGGCACCGCCCCUGCCGAUGGCCCGAAACCGAGGACCCCAGAAGAUAUGAAAAACACCAGGGAACGAGCUCAGCAGCUUAUCAACACCAAAUAUUCAAACUGCAAAGUCCUGAAACGCCUUAUCCCAAAGACUGAAGUGGAAACAGUAUUUAAGAUAUUCCAAGAUACUGAGGAGAAUAAGAAGCUGGUCUAUAUGAUUCUAUCGUUCCUGUUACACCAGUUCCUGCCUGGAGAGCCAGCCAUUCUUGCAAAACAUCGUUGGAUUUCAAACACAUGCUAGCACUUUUAGCAUGAAGUUCAACACAAAAUAAGUACAUUUCAUGUUCAUACUAUAUUUUAAAGUAUGGUGUUUUGGAAUUGUCUAUACAUGAUCUAGAAAUGACUUACAUGUGAAUUUUAAAAAUCUACUCUCAAUGCCUUUUGCAGAUACAUACUCCUGUCUGCUUUAUAGAAUGUAUUUUUCUUCUCAGGAUUUUUUUUCGGCCUACAUUUUGUGAUGUAGACCUAUCACUUCCUGUGACAUUUUUUUUAAACAAAAACCAGUUGAUAGACUGUUUUUUUUAAAUUUGUUAUCACUUUGUCUGUGUCACCGGGAACAGUUUGGGAACUGUAAAAAAAAAAAAGCACACACACAAUUUGCUGACUUGUAAUUUACCAAUGUUGAAACAAAAAAAGUAAAUUCUCAUAAACAGCUGACUUGGAAAGAUGCAAGGAUUUUUUUUUUUGCAUUUAUUCUUGUUUUGUGUUUGAUGAAGACUUACAUAAAAAGAGCCAGCCUUCUGUACAUUUUCAGGCAAUAAGCCUUAGAAGGCUUUAGACGAUUCCUAUCCACUGUUUUAGAACACCACAUUUUCCCCCACCUAUUUUUUUUUUUACUGACAAUUUAUCUUAUUCUGUUUCAAUAUCAGUUCUUGUUUAAAGUCAGUGU